AUGGAGCUGAUUGCGUGGCUGCUGCUCACUACGUUCGUCGUAGAACUGCUCGGCUGGGUCGGGACAGACACGCUCGCGGGAUACAUCUAUGCGCCAUUCGCACCAGCAGCGAAGCAGCAACGUGCGCAGAAGGCAGAGAUCCUGAAAUUGCGGGCAGAUUUGGCGGCGACGAGUUCGCAGGACGAGUUCAGCAAGUGGGCGAGGAUCAGGAGGAAGCUUGACAAGGCCGUGCAGGACCUUGAAUCGUCCAACGCCGAUUCGUCCGCUCACCGCCAGCAGUUCAACAAGACGUUCAAGUCCGCCCUCUGGGUUCUCACGACCGUCCUUCCCUUCAUCGUCUCGAGCUACCACCGCCGCACACCCGUCUUCUGGCUGCCGAAGAACUGGUUCGGCCCGCUGGGAUGGUGGUUGAGUUUCCCCAGCGCUCCCGCAGGCGCUGUCGCCGUCUCCGUCUGGACGAUGGCCUGCCGCCGCACUCUCACCUCGACCAAGUCCGCCAUCUUCGCCUUUAUUCCUUCUCCCGCCGAGCGGACGGCGCAGCAGUUCGCGAAGGAGCAGGAGAAGGUCAAGGUUGGCGUGACUGCUUCGGGAACGGAGGAGAAGGUGCAUGAGAAGAACGAACUGUAA